AUCAGUCAUUGGAGCGCAGGAGCCCGAGGACGAGGGACGAAACAGGCGAAAAGGCGAGCGGAGCUGAAAUCCGUACGUAACUGGACCCAACACGAAAAGUGCGUCCGGAUGGAUCUUUAAAAACAACAGGAAUAGCUCUUCAUGAUUUUUCUUUUUUUUUUCUCCUAAAUGGAUUACCAGAGGAAUAUAACAUUCAGUGGGAUCGCCCUGUUCAUGAGUGAAUUCAGAUAUUCAAGGUAACAUCUCCACUGGUGUGAACCUGGACGUGUGCUCUGUGUGCAGCCAUGGGCCACAGCGCUGUGCUUCUGCUGCUGCUGCUGCUGCUCACGGCCUCACACACACUCCUCGCCGUCAGCUUCCCGGAGGACGUCGUACCCCUGGAUGUCGUUGACGCCCACUUUACACGGCGGUACCCUGUGUUCAGAGGCCGGCCCUCUGGAAACGAGUCACAGCAUCGCCUCGACUUUCAGCUGAUGACCAAGAUUCAAGACACACUGUUCAUCGCUGGCAGAGAUCAGGUGUAUCUUGUGAGUCUCAGAGAAUCCUACAGGAAUGAGAUCAUCCCUUACCGGAAGUUAACCUGGAGGUCAGGCCAGGCUGACAGAGAGGCGUGUGCCGUCAAGGGAAAACACAGAGAUGAGUGCCACAACUUCAUUAAAGUGCUGGUGCCCAGAAACGAUGACCUGGUGUUCAUCUGUGGCACCAACGGCUUUAACCCCACGUGCAGAUACUACAGGCUGGAUAACCUAGAGUUCGACGGGGAGGAGAUCAACGGCCUGGCACGCUGCCCGUUCGACUCCAAGCAAACUAACGUGGCCCUUUUUGCAGAAGGGAAGCUGUAUUCUGCCACCGUCGCCGACUUCCAGGCCAGUGACUCUGUCAUCUAUCGAAGUAUGGGUGACGGAUCCGCCCUAAGAACCAUCAAAUAUGACUCCAAAUGGCUGAAAGAACCUCAUUUCCUGCACGCAGCAGAGUAUGGGAAUUAUGUGUACUUUUUCUACCGGGAGAUUGCAGUGGAGCACAGCAAUCUGGGCAAGGUCGUUUAUUCUCGCGUCGCUCGCAUCUGUAAGAACGACGUCGGCGGCUCACAGCGUGUGUUGGAGAAACACUGGACGUCGUUUGUGAAAGCGAGGCUGAACUGUUCUGUGCCCGGGGAGUCCUUCUUCUACUUCGACGUUCUUCAGUCGAUCACUGACAUCAUCGACAUCAACGGGGUCCCGUCGGUGGUGGGCGUGUUCACCACGCAGAUGAACAGUAUUCCGGGGUCGGCAGUGUGUGCCUUCUCAAUGGCCGAUAUAGAAAAAGUGUUCUGGGGUCGGUUCAAAGAGCAGAAGACUCCGGAUUCUGUGUGGACUCCGUUUUCAGAGGAGAAGCUGCCAAAACCUCGACCGGGGAGCUGUGCGGGUCACGGUUCAGCUGCGUCUUUUAAGAGCUCCGUCGAGUUCCCCGACGACACCCUUCAGUUCAUCAAGUCCCACCCCCUCAUGGACACCGCCGUGCCCUCCAUCGGGGACGAGCCCUGGUUCACCAAGACCCGUGUCAGGUACAGACUGACGGCGCUGGCUGUGGACAACGAGGCCGGACCCCAUAAAAACUACACGGUGGUGUUCAUCGGAGCCGAGUCGGGCGUCGUCCUCAAGGUUUUGGCGAAGACCUUGUCUGUGUCCCUGAACGACAGCCUGCUCCUGGAGGAGAUCGACGUCUUCAACAGGGCCAAGUGCCUGUCCGGCCGUGAGGACGAUAAGCGUGUUCGCUCUUUACGUGUGGACAAAGACACACACAGCCUUUAUGUGGCCUUUUCAAGCUGCGUCAUCCGGAUUCCCCUGAGUCGCUGCGAAAGGCAUUCAUCCUGUCACAAGUCCUGCAUCGCCUCGAGGGAUCCGUACUGUGGCUGGAAGUCACAUGGAGUGUGUGAGAGGAUACAGCCUGGUGUUGUGACCGGCUACGAACAGGACGUUGAAUUUGGAAACACUGCUCACCUGGGAGACUGUCAAGCGUUUUUGGGCACUACAUCAGCGCCAGAUUACAAAUCAUUUGGUGACCCUACCUCUGACAUGGAGUUUGCAUCAGUGCCAGUCACUGUCCAGCCCAGUGGGCCCAUACACCCCCCAGUACUCAUACCCACUCAGGGCCCCAGCUCUGGCCCGGGUCCAGAGCUCUACGACCCAGGCUUUGUGCUGCAGGAUGACCCCUCCACCUCCAAUUCUUUAGACUCUAUCCCAGGGGGCCGAGAGGGUGUGUGGGAUAUCCAAGCAGGUGAUACCAACCAGAUGGUGCACAUGAACAUCCUCAUCACCUGCGUGUUUGCUGCUUUUCUCCUCGGUGCUCUGCUGGCCGGUCUUAUUGUCUUCUGCUACCGAGAUUCAUUUCUCCGUAAGCCCAGACACGUCCAUAAGGACGCGGAGUCGGCGCCAUCCUGCUCUGACUCCACGGGAAGCUUUGUCAAACUCAACGGAGUCUUUGACAGUCCUGUUAAGGAAUACCAGGCCAACAUGGACUCUCCCAAGCUCUACACCAACCUGCUGAGCAAAGACAUGAACGCCCCCAGCAGCGACACCAAGACAAUGAUCCUACGCGAUGGUUGUCAGCCUCCUGAACUUGCUGCACUCCCUACACCUGAGUCCACCCCAGUGCUUCAGCAGAAAGGCCUGCAGCCCAUCAAAAACCAGUGGGAAAGGGCCCAUGGGAAGGCUGGGGGGCCCCGCAAGGAGUCCAACUCAUUAGCCAAGAGUCCUCAGUUCCUGCCUUCCUCUCCUGCUCAUCCUCACUCCAACUCCCACCACCCUCAGCUCGCCCUAGGACACUCCCACAUCCCCAGUGCGGUGGUUCUGCCCAAUGCUACACACGAGCAACCGAACCUUGACAACGGAGAUGAUACACUGCCACAUUCAUCUGAACAGAGGCUUAAGAAUCCAGAUUCUAAAGGAAGCAGAAAAGACCAGAAGAGGUCCGUCGAUGCAAGAAAUACACUCAAUGACCUUUUAAAACACCUCAAUGACUCUGUGGCCAACCCCAAGGCCAUUCUCCAAGAGGGAUCAGGGCCCCGCCCACGGCAACACCUCACACUGGAGCCCAUGGAGGAACUGACUGAAAUACCCCCAAAGGUGCCCAGCCGGGAGGCCUCCCUUUACUCCCCCUCCUCCUCCCUGCCAAGGCACAGCCCUACUAAGAGGGUGGAUGUGCCGAUGGCGACCACGCCCACCACACCCACGGGCAGCUUGAGCAUGGGGGGCACUCUGGAGAGACAAAGAGGGGGGUACCAACUCCACCGGAGUGCCUCUCACAGGCAUUCCUUAUCCACUUCACCAAAUGGAGUAACCAUGGGGGUGUCUAUAUCUCGACAACACAGUAUGAACAGAGGGGGUUACAUGCCCCCGACACCCCCCUCCAGACUUGACUCGCACAGCGGAGUAAUGGGGGCGGGGGUACACUCACCCCACCUGCCCUCUGCAUCCCAACAGAGUAGCUACAGCGGACAUGGCUCACUCCCCCGCACAGGACUGAAAAGGACCCCAUCCCUUAAGCCAGAUGUGCCCCCUAAACCCAACGGGUUCUCACCACAGACUUCACAGAUGCGAGUGGUCAACAAGUACAGUUACUGAACCGCCGACGCCUCUGAGCGAGCUCUCGGGUUUUGACUGUAGCUGAGGGCUCAGGGAGGGGGGGGCUACGGAUGGAGGUACGGCCCACGGUGUGUUUUUGUAUGGAUUUGAGGUUUGUCCCCUCUUAAAUGAUAUGCACAUUCAGUCAUAAUAAAAAAGGGAAAAUCACACACGUGGCCAAAGAUACUCCUCGGAGCUUUUUUUUUUUGCUCCCCAUAUUUCCACCCCCCACCCCCCCAUCACGGUAGCCACAGAAUACAGAGCGUGGAUGCGAAAGUAUCUGCGUUUGGAUCCUGGCUUGAGUGUUUCCCAUUCCAAUAUGAGGUACAAGGUGAAGUGCACAGACAGAAGCAGCGACAGUUUGUGUGUGUGUGUGUUACCGGGUCAAAGCAGUGGAAUACUUGAAGAAUGGGGUCUCAUUUGUCACUGCCCUUGAGCACUGUCUUCCCACUAAUGUGAACUGAACUGAGAAGAGAGGUAGUGCCACGCCUUGGUUGGCGAGACAGCUGGGAGGCAGAAGAAGAAGAAGAAAUUCAGAAAUCAUUAAAAUCGUGCGAGUGUUGCUGAAGAUACAGUUUGUUAUCAAAAAGGUGAAGCGGUGACAGAAAGUGCAGUAAAAUGUGAGUUUGUGUUUGUGUGAAUGUGUGUGUAGACAGGUUUGUGUAAAGACAUAAUAUUGGGCCUUUUGCUUCAGAGUGGUGCCACAUGCCAGAGGACGCACCUUAACACCUGUCAUUUAUCGGAGUCACCCUCCGCCAUUUCAACAAUAUUAUCUCUUUUUUUUUUUUUUUUGAGAGGGGGUCAUAUUUUGAACCUUUGAACCGAGCCUCAACCAUAUUUCAUGUCAUUAUGUAGUGUUUAGGUGCUUUGGUUAGGCUGAGGUUAUCACCCUGGAAACGUUUUGGGAGAGGAAUUCACUGGGAAAAUGUACUUACAUUUAUCUUCCCUUUGCUGCUAUUGGUUUUUAGACAUAGAUAUUGGUCAUGU